CCAUAAUGCUUUGCGGUUGCUCUUCCCCCCCUCUCUCUCCCCCUCUCUUUUCUUCAAAUCACGUGAUCCAUGGAGGGCGCUAUGGCGGCCUUCGAACGACUGCCGUGCGUCUGCCUCUUCCUUGUCCUCACCCUCCUUUCCUCCUCGCCGCAGGUUCUUGUCCGGGCCUCUGCCGCCUGCCGGGGAGAGGCAGGUGUCAAGUCUGGUGAAGCCCGAGAUUCUGAAACUUGUGGAUUGAAUCUGCAGCUGGAGCAUUCAUUUGAGUUGGAUGAUAGUAUUCAUUUCAAAAAACGGGGUACAAUCCUGUGGAAUGUGGGUCCUGAACCUAGUCUCUCCCUGACCCAGAAGCAGUUAACUGAAGAUGAGCGCAACAAACUUAGGGAGGUAGCUACUGGGGGUGGACUGUACCGUUUAAGAAUCCCACGACAGCCCCUGGGGAGCAUUGAAGAGAAAGCUGUUGAGUAUGUCACCACUUUUGUUAGAGCGUGCUCAUUGGUUGAGUCUCACCUGUCAGAUAGGCUGAUAGUACACACAGACAUAGCUGGCAACAUAAUUGGCCUCUCUGCUGUUGCUGUUCCUAGCUCUUGCCAUGGAGCUGAAGUGGAAGAUGUGGAUCUGGAACUCUUCAAUACUACCAUUCUCCUCCAGCAGCCCAUACCAGCAGCUGUCCCUGAAACAGCAGCAUUUAUUGAACGCUUGGAACAAGAGCAGGCUCAGAAAGCCAAAAAUCCACAGGAGCAGAAGUCCUUCUUUGCAAAAUAUUGGAUGUACAUUAUUCCUAUCGUACUUUUUCUUAUGAUGUCUGGAGCUCCUGAUGCAGGCGGGCAAGGAGGGGGCAAUGGAGGCAGUGCUGGGGGAGGAGGGCGAUAAAGGGUGGAGGCAAAUAAAGAUUAUUGAAAGAAAA